AUGGCUGUUGCAAGUUCAACCUCACUGGAUACCGCAGUUCUAAUAUCGACGGUGCUGGAAGGCAUGUUAUACGGUUUUUCGAUCCUCAUGUUUAUUGGCACCAUGUGGGCAAUGACCUACAAGCGUUCCAUACGAGAUUUCAAUCGGCCAGUCGUUGCCGCAGCCGUCCUGCUGUCGCACAUAGUCUUCCGCAUUAUUCGGUUCCAAUACGGAUUUGUGACGUACCAAGAUGUUUCUCGAGAAACGUAUCUGAUCAAGAAUUCAAUAUACGUUCUGCAAACUCUGCUUGGCGAUGCGGUAGCGAUUUAUCGUUGUUACGUCGUCUGGCAAGCUGCCUGGGUCAUCAUUCUACCAAGCUUGCUGUGGUGCUGCGUCGCAGUGAACGUGGAAUGCAUGGGAGCGUUCUGUGGCCUGACACUUGCAGCAAAUUUGACGAGUUCAGGAUUACUUGCGUAUCGCAUCUGGAAAAUCGAGCGCAGAGUCUCUACCUCUCGCACUACAAAGGUCCUGACCACGAGUAUAAUGCGUGUAAUAAUGGAGUCUGCUAUUUUGUACAGCAUAACACUCCUCGCUACACUCACGCCGGUCAUCUCAAUUGCUUUCUACAUGGUAAUAAUUCGAAUCGCAAUCGGUCAAAACACUCUCAGUCAGGUCUUGACUGCCCGUGGAGCGAUGACCAGUGAAACGGAACGAGGGAGCUUUCCACAACGUUCUGUGAAGCCUCUGCAGGUCGACAUAUCCCGCUCCACGCACACUGACAGUACCCGUGUGGACGUGACUUCAAGUUGGAACCAGAGCCGACCACCGACAGCUGCGGAAGUAGCAGCGACGGGAGGUGUGGUGGAUGAUGUGAAAGCAGUGAUAUAUGGUUGUGAAGAUGAGUGGGCAGGCUAUGAGCUGCCUACGGUAGUCCAAGUUAUUGAGGUCAAAGGAUUCUUCUUCCGUUUGUCCCUAGCUGAAGCAUUCCCCUGCAUGAAAUCAGAUUGA